AUUACUCGGCUUCUACAAAGGAAUACUUCCUCCUGUCUUGGCUGAGACACCCAAAAGGGCGGUGAAGAAAGCUGGUAUUUCUGGAAGAUGAAAAGUCAAAGUUUAUAACUUUCUGUUAGAUUGAACUUGGAGGAAAGAAAUGAUGAUGCCAAUACAAUGGUUAACAGAUGAACUUUUGGGGCAAAUUUAUAUUGCUCAUGUGUUCCCAGACAUCUUGUUUCAAGCAUAUAUUUUUAUCUUAGAGUUAUUGAGACAUCUGUUUUUUACCUUCGAACAAUACAAGAAGCUACUGGGAUAUGUGUCAUUGCCCCCAGGACUGGCAUUUGCAGUUGCUGGCUUGGGAUCUGGGUUGACAGAGGCAGUUGUGGUUAACCCGUUUGAAGUAGUGAAGGUUACCUUACAGAGCAAUCAGAGCGCCUUCACUGAGCAACCAUCUAGCUUUGUUCAAGCUCAGCAGAUCAUUAAAACCGGUGGUCUGGGCUUCCAAGGACUCAACAAAGGCCUUACUGCAACACUGGGCCGUCACGGAGUUUUUAACAUGGUUUACUUUGGAUUCUACUUCAAUGUGAAAAACAUUCUUCCAGUCAAUAAAGAUCCAAAUUUGGAGUUUUUGAGGAAAUUUGGAAUUGGGCUGGUCUCAGGAACAAUAGCCUCAAUUAUUAACAUUCCUUUUGAUGUCGCAAAAAGUAGGAUUCAAGGACCACAGCCAGUUCCUGGAGAGAUCAAGUACAGAACCUGUUUUAAAACUAUGGCAACAGUCUAUAAAGAGGAAGGAUUUCUAGCUCUGUACAAAGGCUUGCUUCCCAAGAUCAUGAGGCUGGGUCCAGGUGGAGCAGUGAUGCUUUUGGUUUACGAAUACGUUUAUGCAUGGCUUCAGGACACAGUUAAUCACAAGUAGCACUUCUGAAAAAAUGUAUUCUUUAAAACUAUAUGCAUUCUAAAAUACACUAUAAUAAAGCAAAAGUGAUUCUUAUCCUUUUUAGUGUUGAAUAAAUACCCUCAGAUUGCACUGAUGUUAAUACAGUUCCAAACAAAUAUGGUCUCUAGGUCCUAAUCCAAGAAAAUAUUUGACUACAUGUUUUUCUGUUAAGUACAUAAUUAAAUAGCACUGGGUAUUUGUAAUUGUUUUGCUGGACCAAGAGAAAAUAUAAAGCAGACAUUAAGACAGUAAGUUUUUAAAGGACAAACUGGAAUUUUUUGACACAGAAACAUUCUAUGUAACCAUAUACUUUUAUAAAAGUUUCAGCUGAAAUGGCAAGAUAAAAACUUUCAGGGCAUUUUAAAGGAAAAAAAUGAAUAAUCCUGGGGGGGCAGAUACUAAGGUAAUGUAAACUGAAAGCUCCACUGACUCCACAUUAAGAAAAUGAUCCAUAUUCUGCAGCUCUUCAGUCAGAGUCCAGUUCCAAUUCAGUCCAGCACGAUUUCAGCAUUCAUAGAAGAGUUUUUCAAGUUCAAGUUUGGAUAGAAAAGGACAGCACAAGUAGUCACAACCUUAAAAACAUGCACACUACUAAAUAUCCUACUUGUUCUUAGGCAUAUAUAUAUGAAUCUCAUUCAGAUCACAGAAGAUACUGGAAGUAAUUAGUACGCAUCAGGUUACAGAAAAAAUGCAAACCAACCUGGAAUUCAUAGAAGAAAUGGGUAAAUAAAUUAACAGAAAAAAGUAAUUUUAGGCAUGUGAGAUUUUUCUGCAAUUUUUUUUCCUCCACUUUGAUAUGCUAUCCCAGAAGAGCUGUCCUGUGAUAAAAAUGCUCAGUGCACCCUGACUGCCCCUUUAGCCUUUCAUUUCCACCAUGGAAUGGUGAAACAAGCUUGUAGACUGAUAGCACAUCUGCAGUUGUAAUUAGCUAGCCAUACACCUCAAAGAAAUGCACCUUUCUGCAGGUAAAAAUACGUUGCUCUGAAGCUAAAGCUUUUGCUUUUCCCAGUCACUGUAAAUGUAAAUUCCAGGGAUGUACUUGCAUUCUUACUGGCCAUUCUAACUCAGUGAAAUACAGUAAAUUCUGCUAUGCUGACUGAAGACAUAGUUUCUGUUUGUGCAGUUGUGCCAUUCUACAUUUUCUUUUUAAAAAGCUUUUUAAAUAAUUUAAAAUCACGCAUUAUUCUGCUAUAAAAAAUGUCUCCAUUAUCUAAUUUGGUUUGUUGUCAAGCAAGCAUAUAUAUCUUGCAAUUACUGAGAGUUUCAGUAUCUCCCCAUCCUACGCUCACUCUGUUAGCAGUAAUGUUGUUCCUCUGAAGGAGGUACAAACCUUUUCCUUAGCAGUCCUGAAGAAAUAUCUCUCUGCAUUUUUACUUGGAAAUGGCAGUUCACAUGUGAAGCCUUCAUCUCAAGAGUGUUUUCAGUGCAUUGGAAAAGCAACAAAAAGCUAAAAA